UCCUGCAACGCACGGAAGUGACGUCACGAAAUGUCAACGUCACAUGCACGCGUAUUUCCGUUUUUUCGAGGGCGCGCGGUUUGAUUAUUUGUUCGCACGUGACAUUCAGUACGCAUCCCGUCAGCCGCGCUUGCGGGUCGUGCUUUUCUGCUGCCGCUGGUGCUGGACCUAAGGCCUGGUUCUGCUGCAAUCACGCAAGCCUCUGACAUCAUCCUUUUAUAUGCGCGAAAGCUGCUUUGCAGGGUUAUUUUAUAUUUGCUAGCGUUAUUUAUAUCUAUUCUAAUAAGUAUUUUGAUGGUAUUUUGAUUGUGUUAGUCGCGUAUUUGCCGAUCUUGCUGUUCUUGUUCGCGACCGCUUGCUUUGUUGAACCCUAGCGCGGAUUUCCCGGAUUCAACGUAUAUAUAGUGCUGACUAGAAGGUAGCCUCCUUUCGUUUGUGAAAAAGCUCAGAUUUGAUUGUGUUAGUCGCGUAUUUGCCGAUCUUGCUGUCCUUGUUCGCGACCGCUUGCUUUGUUCAACCCUAGCGCGGAUUUCCCGGAUUCAACGUAUAUAUAGUGCCGACUAGAAGGUAGCCUCCUUUCGUUUGUGAAAAAGCUCAGAUUUAUUUUCUCGCAGUCUUUUUUUUCUUCUAGGUGUCAUUUUAGAUUGCACUGCUUGCAACAUGACACGUGUUUUGGUUGCCGGUGACUCGAUGGUGAAAUACGCGGACCAGUAUUUCCCAUCGCGUCGUAGUUUGUCAGUCAGUGUUGCCGCGCAUAGAGGAGUAAGGAUUGAGCAUUUGCUGUCAAUGAUUGCUGACAAGCUAGCUGGUUUUGAUGUUGUCAUUGUGCACGUUGGCACUAACAACACUGUUGACAGUGUCAGCGUGUGCAUGGACAAGUAUCGCCAGCUCGCUCAGGGGAUCAUUGAGAGAAAUCCCAUGGUGCAUGUAGCUUUUUCUGCCAUUCUUCCUCGGGGGCAGAAUCAGUACAGCUCAUGGGAAGCUCAGUCUUCAUGGUUGCAUGACCUGAAUGGUAACUACGAAAAGAUUAACAGUGCCCUGAUGCAGUACUGCCACGAGUGUGGCUACACAUUCCUGGGUGGUCUCGUGGACAACUGGCCCAGUUGCCUGAGCAGAGAUGGUGUCCACCCGAGCCGCUUUGGUAACAAGGUGCUGGCAGACUUCCUGUACCAGGGGGCCUGCACCCUGUCCAUCCAUCUGGAGAGAAGCCACAUCCAGCAGUCCUACAAGGAGACCCAGGAACCUUCUUCAUGGACCAGUUGGACUCGGCAGGACAGCAUCCCUGCCAUCUCCGAGGCUGACUUUCCCCCGCUUGGUCCACUGACGUACCAGCUGCAUGCAUUCACACUACCAUCAAGUCAUCAGGAGCGUCUGUACCUCUAUCUAAAUAUUACACUAUUGUCUAAGGUGGAAAAUCAGACUUGUAUAUUUUGCUGUAAUGGUUCUGCCAAUAAAAGAUUGAUUAUACAUAUUUAUUUUCUUGCAAAGCUGGCAUUGUAUGCAUAA